AUGUGGCUCGGGGUUUGGCUAGCAGCGCUCCUAUGGGCAAUAGCCAGCUACGACGACGGCGACAGCCCUUAUACCGUUGAUGAGUGGCGCCAGUACGUGGCGCUGAGCCCGCCGGCGCCGCCUAGGCACCCUAGCAACGCUACGAGCGAUGAUUUCGUCGUCGCUAGUGGCGAUGGUGAUAUUAGUAAUGGCGAUGCUAAAUGGUUUGACGAGACCCAGGGCCACUUUGACCAUCGCUGGUACCGCUACACGCCAAAGUACCAUACCAGCCAAAACACGCUUUGGAGGCUAGCUACUGCCUGGCUUGAAUACGCUGAUCAACACAAACUUGAUACGUGGUUGGCGCACGGUACUCUACUCGGAUGGUACUGGAAUCGAUUACCAUUGCCUUGGGAUAAUGAUCUUGAUGUCCAGAUAACUGCUACCUCCUUUGAGAAACUCGAAGCAGCGAAUGGAACCUUUUUCGAGUGGCGACACCAUCAGUAUUACCUCGAUGUCAAUCCCCACUGGCGCUGGCGUCAGGGGACGAAAAACAAUACUAUCGAUGCCCGCUUCAUCGAUACGUCUACGGGGAUGUAUGUUGAUAUCACCGUGCUCUCAUUAGCUAAUGAUGUGCCCGCAAUUGACUUCGGCGAGCUGGCAGAGUUUGAUUUAGUGGUGGACCCACAACUACGAGAUAAGCUGGCAACCAUGAUUAAAGGCGAUGUCUGGCGCCAACGGCGCGAUCAGCUUCGCGGUCAGCUUGUCCAUUGCAAAGACAACCACUACUAUGCUAUUGAAGACAUCCUCCCUUUAGUGCCGACACAAUUGUGUGGCGCCGUGGCGUGGGUGCCUCAGCGCUAUCGCCAGAUUCUCGAGCGCGAGUAUCCGCGUGGCGUGCGCGAUACCGUCUAUGGCGGCCACACCUUCCACCGCCAGCUUCGUCUCUGGGUCAAGCUGCGGCUAUGUGGUUCGCCAGGGAAGUGUCACAACCGUGAAAUCCUCCAAGUUGCUGAGGUGGCAAAAAACUACACCUCGUUGCCUCUCCCAUAA